UCCGCAGUCGAGAGUUUGCGCCAGUGGGUGCAGAGAAGAUACGAGUUCCCCGAUUUGUUUGAUUUUUGCAAAGAGCUCGUAUUUAGUGUUAAAUUUUAGUCAAAAAAAAUGCAUGAAAUCCACAGGAGGACGUUGUUUCUGCUACAGACACUGCUGGUGCUGUGCGUCAACUUCCACCGGACGGAGAGUGGGGCUGUGCAGCUGACGAGUGAUAAUCUCGACAUGACUCUAGCUUCGAAUGAAUUAGUCUUUAUCAACUUCUACGCCGAGUGGUGUCGCUUCAGUAACAUCUUGCAGCCCAUCUUCGAUGAGGCCGCCGAUGAGGUGGCAAAGGAGUUCCCGGAAGCCGGGAAGGUGGUAAUGGGAAAGGUGGACUGUGAUAAGGAGAACAGCGUAGCGACACGAUUCCACAUCACAAAGUACCCCACGCUCAAGGUUAUCCGCAAUGGGCAGCCACUGAAGCGGGAGUACCGUGGUCAGCGCUCCGUUGAGGCCUUCUCGGAGUACGUGCGGAAGCAAAUGGAAGACCCCAUCCAGGAGUUCCAGACACUCAAAGAUCUCGAGCAUUUGGACUCAAAGAAGCGCAGUGUCAUUGGGUACUUUGACAGGCGCGACAUGCCUGAGUACAACAUCUUCCGGCGUGUGGCGACAAAUCUCAAGGAGGACUGCCAAUUUCACGUUGGCUUUGGCGAGGCCGUGGCCCAGAUGCAUCCUCCCGGGCAGCCAAUUGUUGUUUUUCGCCCAGAUGUGGCGCUAUCCAAUGAGAAUGACGAAACCUUCACGGGAAAGAUGAGCAGCUUCGACGAGAUGAACGUGUGGGUACAGGAGAAGUGUGUCCCCCUCGUCCGGGAGAUUACGUUUGAGAAUGCAGAAGAGCUCACCGAGGAAGGACUACCCUUCCUCAUUCUCUUCCACGCCACAGACGACACGGAAAUCAUCAAGGACUUCAAGACAAUCGUGGAAACGCAGCUCAUCUCGGAGAAACAAAACGUCAACUUCCUGGUCGCCGAUGGGAAACGCUUUGCUCAUCCUCUGCACCAUCUCGGAAAGUCUCAAUCGGAUCUGCCCCUCAUUGCCAUUGAUUCCUUCCGUCAUAUGUAUCUGUUUGACAAUGUAAAAGACAUGUACAUUCCGGGAAAGCUCAAGCAGUUCCUCAAUGAUCUCUACAGCGGGAAGCUCCACAGAGAAUUCCACUAUGGCCCCGAGAAGGAUACAACGCCUGAUGUAGCAUCGAAUGAGGUGAAGAAGUCCACACAACCGCCCGAGUCGACAUUUAAGAAGCUCGCACCGUCGAAGAAUCGCUACACACUCCUACGUGAUGAGCUGUAGAGAUCCCAUUGCUUCUCCGACCCUCCUUUUCUUCCUUUCCUUUCGAGUCCUUUUUGUUUUCUUUCCCCUCCCCCAGUUCCCAUAAAAUAAAAUUAUUGAUUUUCCCAUCUGAAGGGGCAGCAGAAUCGCCCCGAAAGUGCCGGUAAAUCUCCGUGAAUUUGCGACAGUAUGCGUGUGUGUGGGUAAUUGCAAAAAAUGGGUUAAUUUUUGAAUAAAACGAGAGAAAGAAGUUAAUUUAAAUUGAUACAA